AUGUCGAAGAAUAAGUCUAUCGAGGAGAGAUACCAGAAGAAAUCGCAGAUAGAGCACAUCCUGCUCAGGCCAGAUACGUAUAUUGGAAGUGUGGAGAUGCACACACAGCAACUAUGGGUAUGGAACAAGGAGCGUAAUCGAAUGGUGCAGAAAAAUAUAACCUACGUGCCAGGUUUGUAUAAAAUUUUCGACGAAAUAAUAGUCAAUGCAGCAGAUGUGAAGGCGAGGGAAAAGGAGAAAAGCGAAAACCCUAUGACGUGUAUAAAAAUAGAAAUAAAUAAGGAACAAAAAAAAAUAAGUGUUUACAACGAUGGGGAAGGAAUACCAGUAGAGAUACACAAGGAAAUGAAUAUUUACGUGCCACAUAUGAUUUUUGGAGAACUCCUAACUUCAGAUAAUUAUGACGAUGCGGAGGAUAGAAUUACAGGAGGAAGAAAUGGAUUCGGAGCAAAGUUGACAAAUAUAUUUAGCAAAGAAUUCGUCGUACAGUGUGGGGAUAGUUCCAGAAAGAAAGAAUUUAAAAUGGUGUGGACAGAUAAUAUGUCUAAAUUUUCAGAACCACUUAUUAAAAACUAUAAUGGGAAGGAUUUCGUGAGGGUUACUUUUAAACCUGACUUGGCUAAAUUUGGUAUGACAGAAAUGGAUGACGAUAUAGAAAGUUUGCUCUGCAAGCGUGUAUACGAUUUGGCCGGUACGUGUAGUGUGAGGGUUUAUCUGAAUGGGAAUAGGCUAGCUAUUAAGGAUUUUAAAAGCUACGUCGAUCUGUAUCUGAAGGAUAACGCUGGGGUGAGCCCCGGGAAGGGGGGUGCAAACAAUAACGCAAAUGCAAAUGCGAAUGGUAACGCAGAGGGGAAUGCAAACCAAGAUGGGCAAAACCCAGAGGUGAGCAUGUCACAGGAAGGGGGAGAAGCAACCCCCAACAAAAGCGCUGCGAAUGGUACGCACAACAACGAUGAGGAAGAAAUCGUUAAGAUACACGAGAAGCAACACAGGUGGGAAAUAGUCGUAUCGAAGACGGAUGGUUCGCAAUUCCAACAGGUGUCCUUUGUCAAUAGCAUAUGCACAACGAAAGGAGGAUCCCACGUAAACUACAUCGUGGAGCAGUUAUUGAAUUCGCUCAGUAAGAAGGCGAACGCGAAGAACAAAGGAGGAAUGGAAAUAAAGUCGGGACAUAUAAAGAACCACUUGUGGGUGUUCGUGAAUUGCUUAAUCGUUAACCCGACGUUCGACUCACAGACGAAGGAAACAUUAACCACGAAACCUGUCAAGUUUGGUAGCAAGUGCAUCCUGUCGGAUAAGACUAUUAAUGGCGUUCUGAAGAGCCCCAUCCUUAGCAACAUUCUCCUGUGGGCGCAAGCAAAGGCACAGGUAGAAUUGAGGAAGAAAAUGAAGGCAGGGUCAUCCAAAGCGAGGGAAAGAAUUAUUGGAAUACCAAAACUGGAGGAUGCAAACGAUGCGGGAAGUAAGCACAGUCAGGAUUGUACACUCAUCCUUACGGAGGGUGAUUCUGCUAAGACAUCCUGCUUAGCUGGAUUAUCCAUAGUGGGGAGAGAUAAGUAUGGGGUGUUCCCCUUGAAGGGAAAAUUACUAAACGUGAGGGAUGCAUCAUUUAAGCAACUAAUGGAUAACAAGGAAAUACAAAAUAUUUUUAAAAUUAUGGGGUUAGACAUUACAGACAAGAAUAAGGAAGACAUAAAAGGGUUGAGAUACGGGUCACUCAUGAUUAUGACUGAUCAGGAUUAUGACGGUUCUCACAUUAAAGGGUUACUAAUAAAUAUGAUCCAUAAGUUUUGGCCUAGUUUGCUAAAGCAUAGGGGGUUCCUAAGCGAAUUCGUAACGCCAAUUGUGAAGGUACAGAAGGGAAAUCAGGAACAUUCCUUCUUUACCAUCGCAGAGUAUGAAGAAUGGAAGGAGAGCACAAACCUAGUUGGGUGGAAAAUAAAAUACUACAAAGGGUUGGGUACUUCCACCGAUAAGGAAUUCAAACAGUAUUUCUCAGAUAUUAAAAAUCAUAAAAUUAUGUUUCUCUGGACGGGGGAUCGAGAUGGAGAUUCGAUCGAUAUGGCGUUCAGUAAAAAGCGUAUUGAGGACAGAAAAAUAUGGCUCCAAAAUUUCGUUAUCGGUUCUUACGUGGAUCACAAGGAGAAGGAUUUAUCCUACUACGACUUCGUCAAUAAGGAGCUAAUUUAUUAUUCCAGAUAUGACACGGAGAGAAGUAUUCCAAAUAUCAUGGAUGGGUGGAAGCCCGGACAGAGGAAAGUAUUAUAUGGUUGCUUUAAGAGGAACUUAAGGAAUGAAUGUAAAGUGGCCCAAUUAGUUGGUUACAUAGCAGAACAUAGUGCCUACCACCAUGGUGAAUCAUCCCUACAACAGACCAUUAUAAAUAUGGCGCAAACAUUUGUAGGAUCGAAUAAUAUAAACUUCCUAGAACCAUGUGGUCAAUUCGGUAGUAGAAAGGAGGGAGGUAAGGACGCUUCCGCAGCUAGGUACAUUUUUACCAAAUUGGCUAGCUCCACAAGGAGCAUAUUCAACGAAUACGAUGAUCCCAUUUUGAAGUACCUAAAUGAAGAGGGGCAGAAAAUAGAACCAAAGUACUACAUUCCAGUUAUACCAACGAUUUUGGUGAAUGGAUGUGAGGGAAUUGGAACGGGUUACUCCUCCUUCAUCCCAAAUUAUAACUACAAAGAUAUUAUUGAAAAUAUUAAAAGGUACAUAAAUAAGGAACCACUCAUCCCCAUGAUCCCAUGGUAUAAGGAUUUCAAAGGAAGAAUAGAAUCGAACGGAAAGACGGGUUUCGAGACGAUUGGAAUAAUUCGCAAGAUAGACGAUGAGACAUUAGAGAUUAACGAACUGCCAAUUAAAAAGUGGACACAGGAUUAUAAGGAAUUUUUGGAAGAGUUACUCACGGAUGAGAAACAGCAACUAAUUCUGGACUACAUAGAUAACAGCUCCCAUGAGGAAAUUUGCUUCACAAUCAAAAUGGACCCUGCAAAGAUGAAGAAGGCUGAAGAGGAGGGUCUGGAAAAAGUUUUCAAAUUGAAAAGUACCCUAACAACAACUAAUAUGACUUUAUUUGACCAUAACUUGAAGCUGCAAAAGUACGCCACUGAAUUGGACAUCCUGAAAGAAUUCUGCUUCCAACGAUUGCAGGCUUAUGAAAAUAGGAAGAGCUACUUAAUAUCCAAACUGGAGAAGGAGAAAAAAAUCAUCUCGAAUAAGAGCAAAUUUAUUCUUGCCAUUGUAAAUAAUGAGCUGAUUGUUAACAAGAAAAAGAAAAAAGUCCUUGUGGAAGAAUUGUACAGAAAAGGAUAUGACCCUUACAAGGAUAUUAACAAAAUUAAAAAGGAAGAAAUUUUCGAACAGGAAUUACUGGAAACGGCAGAUAAUCCUGAAGACAACGAAGAAAUAAUUGCCGGCAUUUCUGUGAAGGAUUAUGACUACCUGUUGAGUAUGCCCAUUUUUAGUCUCACUUUAGAAAAGGUAGAAGAACUGAUAGCGCAACAUAAGGAAAAAGAGAAAGAGUUGGAAAUUUUAAGAAAUAUUACCGUGGAAACCAUGUGGCUGAAGGAUAUCGAAAAAGUGGAGGAAGCUAUUGAGUUCCAACGAAAUGUAGAAUUGGCCAACAGGGAGGAAAGCAACAAAUUCAAGGUCGCCAGGAAGCAAAUUGGUAGCAGCAACAGGAAGAAGAAGAAGAAAAAAAAACUUUCCAGUGAUGAAGAAUCAUCAGGUGACUCCUCAGACAGUAGCGAAUUCUUAGUGCACAGUUUAAACAUUAGGAAAAAUAAAAAACCGCCAAAUAGUAAUGGUCCUAGUAGUACUACACGGAAAAAAUUGAGGAAAACGAACGAGGGGGAAGACAAUAGUAAUAAUAAUAAUGACGCCCCUGUUGUAGUCAAUGUGGAUGUAGACAAUAGUGCAUCUAACCCCAACGCAGGGGACGAUGCUGCCACGAACCUUUCAGACUCCACGCCGCUGCUUGGUAAAAUCCUAGCAGACGCAGAUGCAGCUAGCCAAAGUAACCACAACAGUAACAAACCUAGUAGUAGUAAAAACGCUAGGAAGAGAAAGCUGCCCUUUUCGGGGCAGUCCCUCGAUAGUGUUGAGUCUGAGGGGGUUGCGGUCAACGAGCCUGACCAGACGCCCAACAAACCGUUAGGCAUCCCCGAGAGCAUCACCAUUUCGCCUAACAGUACUAUCAACCUCAAUGACUUCUCCGGCAUCCGGAGCAAGUUGCUCGAGCUCGAAAAUAAGAAGAAGCCACGACUGAGCUUGGCCGAGAAAGUGAAGAUGAAAGCCACGGAGAAUAAAAGCUCCGGAGGAAAGUCCCCACCCAAGAGGAAGAAGAGCAACUUACUUGACGGCUCAAAGUCGAAAAAGGCAUCCAAAUUGGAUAGUGAUGAUUCUAACGAAGAUUUUGCCUCAUCAGAUGAGAGUGACAGUUCCUAUAACAUAUAA